GGCGGGCCCCGCGCAUGCGCCCGCCUCCACACUCGAUUUAAAAUUGUUCCCCAGAGUGUCAGGUGGAGGACCGCGGCGUGUUUCCUGCUCUCUCUUUAUUGUAUACACACACCAUGGCUGAUCCAUUUGUUCAGAGGAUGAUGGCAAGAAGCCAGGCUCGUCGAGCAGCCAUUGGUCGAACAGCAGGAAACCCAAGCAACAAGGAAAAUGUUGGAGUUUCAGAUGCUACCCGUACUCGACUCAAGCAAAUUAACUCUAUAUACACAGAUGAUUCAAAACCAACUACCACUCCACUAAGAACCAGUAAUCUUGAUGCUUCUGAGUCUGGGAGUACACUGUCUUCAAAUCCAGCAAGAAGUGAUAAUAGCCCAAACAAAGUAUUAUCAAAGCGCACUGUGGAUUUUGAUCAUAGUGCGAGUUUACAGCCGGAGACCUCACAAGCAAAAGAGCAGGGUACUACUACCUCUCCAUCCAGACCUCGCUUAAAGUCUCUAGCUCGGAGGUGCCAGGAGAUGAAAGAAUGGGAGGAUGACUACGCUUAUCACUCCACUUCUUCCAAUCAAAACUCUCAGGUAGACGUAGAGGGGAGCAUAGCGUCUGAUGUGCAUGGCUAUUCCCAGGAUUUGGAUGAUUCUAACACUAGUGCAAAAGUAUUUCCUCAGAUUUCAUCUUUAAUGAAAGCAGAAGGUAGAUCAGCUAUAAAGACUAAUGGUUCAUUGAGUCCUUGCCAUCCUUCAGCUCUAAGAUUUGACCAUUUUCCUCAAAAGUACUAUUUUGGUGGCGGUCCUUCAGGUAUGGAUAUUAAUAGUGGUGGCGGUGAGUCUCUGGGUACUUCUAACCUGAGCAUGAAUUCCUCCAACACUCCUACUUCCUCUUGCUCCUCCUCUUCCUACCCUGCUACCCCUUAUUACUUCAAGUACCCCUCAAAGCUGGAGAUGCCAAGAGACAAGACAGCUUUGCAUCAGACUGAGACUCCUCCUGCCUCACCCACAAAAAAGCUUGUCUGGGACAAAGGCAUGCUUAAUUCAUUGAUGAAUUUUAAUGAUGAUUUGCAAGUUGUUUUGGAAGCACAGGGCUUUACUCCAACUGCGUCUAAAUCUAGGCUUCAUUAUGACUUCAAGCGAGAAAAUCAUGAUCAGAGCAAUUGCUCUAGUCCAGUUAAAGUAUCAGCUCCUCAGGAGAAAAUCCAACAACCAGUAAGUCCCUCUAAGGUGAAAGGCAUGAGUCUUGCAGAAUUUGUGAGAAGUUCCAGUCCAGAUAAAUUGAAAAGUUCAGGAACAGAGAAACAAAAUACUGCUUCCAGUUGCUUGCUUGCAUCACAGCUUUCUAUGGCUCUUGUACCACAGACUUCUAAUAACAGCUUGCAGCCACCAAAAUCACCACCACCAGCACCACCUAUUGUUGUGUCUUGUCUGCCUAAAAGUCCAUGCCAGAGUCCAACUCGGGAACUUACUCGCGUGCCCAGUCCUGAACUCCUGCCUGCAAAGGAGCGUACAAGAGAUACAAGCCCAUCCAAAGUAGGAGAGAUGCGAAAUCGGUGGGAGGAGCAUAUUCGCCAGGCCUCACCUGAGCGAACACAUCGUUCUCGGAGUCCUGGAAAGUCUGUUUCAGGGCCAGUGAGCCCCAAGAAGAUUACCUCCUUUCAAAGUGGGAACCGUAUAAAUGAAAUAAGCCCUAAGAAGAUUGAGCCUCUUGCAUCAACCAGCCCCUUAAGAGGCAGGAGUCCUGUUCGACCCCAAAGCCCUCACAAGUAUUUACCACAAAGCCAGGGUGAACUCAGUAACGUUAGCUCUCAACGUAAAAGUUGGCGGGAUUUGAACCAUAUUAGCCCUCAACGUAAAAGCUGGCGUGAAUCAAGUCCUAGCAAGCCUCCUCCAGUUGGUGAUAUUGUAAAGGGAGAAGCUCCCAUGCCAGAGGCUACACCACUAGUUAAUGAGCCUUUCAUGUCAUCUGUAAAGGAAAGGGCAGCUGCCUUUAAUAAUGCUGGUGGGCGAGAGUCACCAAAGGAUCCUGCCGAAAUGAGUGUGCAAGAACGCCUCGCUCUGUUUAGUAAGAAGCAAGGAGCAGUACUUGUUCCCAAAGCUCCUUUUGGCCUCCCUGUGUCUUUAAAGGCCCUUCAUGGUGACCAAGCCAGUGGAGGCCGCGAGAACUCGAGUAAAUCCUCGGUGGCUCACUCACAGCCAGUUUACAAGCCAACAAAAAAGCUGGCACUAGAGCCAUCCCCAGCCAUUACUGAAAAGUUACAUCAAAUCCAAAGAGGCAACAAGUCACAAUCACCUGGCAUAGAUGAUUCAAACUCAUUUGAAUCACAGAGGAAUGUUUUUAAAAUGGUUAAAGAUAAUUGGCGUGGGAAUGAGAUCCACAACAAAGUCAAGACAGAGCGUCAGAAGGAGAUGGAAGUAUUGUUAAACAGAUUCAAGAAACCCAAGCAGAGUUCCACGGCCAAACAUCCCACUGCACCAAAAUAUGAAGUGACUCAAACCCGUAGAUAUCCCGCAGAAUCUGAGUCUGAAUAUUUGGAGAGUGAUGACUCCUAUGCUGAGUCAACUGCUUCUGAUGAUACACUUGUGCAUGCAGACACGUCAGGUCCUCCAAAGCCUCCUCGGCUUUUCUUGGAGUCUCCUUCAUCACAACAUUUAGAUGGACACUCACCACUGCCACCACCACAGCCCAGCUCUCUCCAACUGUCACCCAGGCAACAGAUGUACCCACAUAAUAGGCUCAACUCUACAGAAAUAGAAGAGGUUCAUACUUCUCCUAAGAAAGAAUUUGUAACAAAAGUGAAACCUGGACACAUCUACCCUUCGCUCACAGAUAUUGAGUCUCAUUCUGAAGUUCCUGACAGCCAAGAUGAAGAGGAUAUAAAAGAUUCAAGUUUCUCUGAGAGCGUGUUAACUUGUGCAUCAAUGGAAAGUCUAGGACAGAAAAUACAGCAUGCAGCUUGUACCUCCAUGGACAGAACCUUGCCCAAGAUAGCAGAAAAUAUUGAAGCUUCCAAUUAUGAUGUAAAUUGUGUCAUGUCAGAAAGUACAAUGGACGCUCUUUGUGCAAUUGAUAAUGCUAUUGAUGAGGCUCUAAAUGAUGAACCAACGCCACCCAAAAGACUUCGUCAUCAGGAUGACUCUCCGGUAAGUGCCUAUAAGACUCCAAAGAUAAACAGCCAGACACCUAAGCCUACUGAAGACGACAAGGAGAAUCCUCUUACCCACAGUAUCUCCUUGUAUCGUAAGCAAAAGCCGGAAGUGAUUUACACUCCUGUGCGACAGAUUGCUCGUCGACCAGACUUGCGUUCUCCAACUCCAGAACCUGUAAGCCCAUCUGUCACCGUUAGUGCUCGCAUCAAAGAAUUGCAAGAGGAGGUAUGUGAACAGCAGCGAGUAAUUGCCCAGGCUUCUAAUGCUGUUACGGUGGUGCUUCAGCGUCCUGAGCAACAGGGAACACCACAGCAUGUGGAGGCUGAGAAGCUUUUGCUUCUUGCCAGUCAGAAGAGACAGACAGCAUUGAAUGAAAUUCAGAGACUUAAGGCUGAGGGUGCCUUAGGGCAGCAGAGUUGGUCUGGUGAUGAGGAUACAUGCAUGGGCUCCAUCAGCAUCAGUAACAUAUCUGUUCCACUUAAACAAGACUUUCUUAGAAAAGGAAUGAAUGGUGAUGAUUUGUAUCAUCUGAUGGUUCUGGUGAAGCAUCGUGAGCAGGUGAUAUCUUCUCAGUUGCUGACAACACCGGAAUGUGUUGUGGAAGGGGCAGUAACAUUCCCUAAUCUUAUGGCCCUCCAUCACCUCACUUCUGAUUUCAACAUUACCCUCGAGGUGUAUGCUCUGUGUACGCGCCAACAGCGACAACAUGUAAUAAAAAAGGAGCAGAGCCGAAUGAAGUUAACUCCACUCAAGAGGCUACAAAAGCAUGACUCUCGAGUGAGCUCUCCAUCUGUCCAGUCUCCAGGUGGACCCUUUGCUGUUCGCACAUCAGCUUUCCAGCUUGUUGGGUUCACUCACCUUAAUAUCUCUACUUUAACACGAAAUGCCUGGACUCUCGAGAAGGUACUCUAUUCUUCUCCACUUGAUGGCCAUCUACUCAUGCGUGUUAGCUGCAGUUUUGAAGGAGGGAUUAUAGAGCGUGGCUUUCUUACCAUGUUUGAGGAUAUUGGAGGGUUUGGGGCUUGGAAUCGGCGAUGGUGUGUACUAAGUGGUCUGCACCUUCGUUAUUGGCGGUACCCAGAUGACGAGAGCAAGAAGGAGGCCUGUGGACAGAUUGACUUGCGCACAUGCACCACUCGGCGCAUUGAACUUGUUGCCAGAGAUAUAUGUGCUCGACAACACACCUUCCAGCUGACCUGUGUCCAGCCAGCUCAUUCCAGGGACGUUUCCAAUCUUGUACAAGAAGUCCAGGGAUCAACAUUAGUUAUUAAACACUUGUUGUCUUCAGACAGUAAGGAAGAGAGAAUAAUAUGGUGCAACAAGUUGAACAAGUCGUUGGCAAACAUCAGAGCGUGGGAUCCUGAUGCUCUCAGGCCUGAGGAUUAUCAAGUUUAAUUGGAAACAUUUAAGCAUAUUUGUUAUUUUUAAUAUACCAGCUGACAAAAUUCUCUUGUUUAAAAUCUCUCUCCUUUUUCUAUAAACUCAAGUUAUUUUUUUGUUGACGAUAAAGUUUCAUUUUGCUCCAAAUACGUCAUGACAAGGAAAUUUGUAAUUUCAUAAAAUGCUUGUCUCGUUCCCUCUGUAGACUCUGACUUGCAACCCUGGAAUUUAUAUUUAAAAAUUGUUUAUUCAAUGAAAACUAAAGAAACAUAAUCUAGUAUAAUAAUGUAUGUAAAUAUAUUCUUAUAAUGAGAGGGAAUCGGUAUAUAUACAGUAGUGUGCCAAUGUUAAUCAAGUCAUUAAACAUACUAUAUUUUUAGUAAGAAAUACUAUUGCUUCUAUGGAUUUCAAACAUUGAAAUAGGCAAGUGAUGUUAAAGUUAUACAAAUAAUAACACAAUGUUAUUACUUUCAUGGAUACAGUCUUUUUAUUUUAUAGUAUAUAAAAUAUAUAUCAAGGUCAAGAUGACCUGUAUGCUUGCUUGCUUUCUAGAAUGACUGAACUCUUUGCAUUACAAAUGUAUAAAUAACCAAUGGAUAUAAAACUUAAGUGCUUGUAUUGAUUUUUAUUAUAUUCAUAAUUAUAUAUAUUUUAAUUCAUAUAAUGGUGUGAUUAAUAUAUUAUGUACAUUAUUCUAACCUUCAUUAACAUGUUCAUUUAAGUAAAAUUAAUACAUUA